UGGAGAGCAAAACGUGCCGUUAUGUUUCCAUUCUUUGUGGGAAUUUCGUUAAAGUGCAUGGAGAAAUUAUAGAAUGCCCGCAAAUAAGCCUUUGGUUAGAAGAAUCGUAGAGAGUAAAACGUUAGAAUGUUUUCUUAUAAAACGACUCAUUUCAGCGGUAAUAGGCUUCUUAGUUGGAUAUGCAUAUUAUGCGAUGUCUUUUUCGCGUGCUUUCCGACCGGAAGAACAAGAAUAUGCAGAUAUGGUAAAAUGGGGAGUUUUGCUGGCAUCAACGAUCGGCUGUUUUGUGUCUCCACAAUGUUGUUGCAUCGCAGCAUUAUGUGUGCCAACGAUGUCUGCUAAAACUGGAAGAAACUUCAUCCAAGCAAUAUUAUUAGCCUGGAUUUUGGCAGGUCCCAUAACAAAUAUCAUGUAUCAUGCAACUGAAGCAAUUCGGUGCAUAUCUUGCGUGACGGAACUGCAGGAAAACCAAAGUGAAUUGAUGGUAGAUCUCAUGAAAGCACCAAUUGUUCACGGAUUGGGUUUGAUUGUGGAUGAAUCAGAUUCCCUGGAUGAUUCACAAUAUGAACUUGAAGACAAUUUAGAAAUGUUACAAUCAGAAUUACUCAUUAGCGCUUUCGGGAAAGCCAAAGCAAAAGAAAUGAUGAUAGAAGAGAAGGAAGCUGCAGAGAAAAAAAAGGAAAGCGCAGAAGAAGAAACGAGAAAACGAAUAAAAAGAAAAGCAAAAGUAGCGAGGCAAGGAAGAACUCUAGCAAAAAAACCUAAAUCAAAGAGGAAUAAAAGAAAUGCUGAAAAUAUGAGAACAAAUAGGCUAGGACGCUAUGGAAAAAUUAAUUCGAGACGAAAUAACCGACUUCAUUCAUUGUUGAAACGUAAUGUUAAAAGAGCAGAUGUGUAUAUAGACGAGGAAGAGUAUCUCCCAAAUGCACCAGAAGAAGAAUUCACCAACGAAACGGAGGCGAUCGCUGACAAAGGAGUUGAAUUAGCGGAAAAUAUGAAAAAAGAGGGUCUCCGGGUUUGCAAUGAAAUUUUUGAUAAAGCAUACAACGGAUGCUGCGAAUUAGCAGAUACAGCGUGGGCAACAUGCAUGGGUAUCAUCUUAGUUCCCAUUUAUUCGCAUGUCAUUUGUCAAAUCGUCUAUUGGGUCGGAGAGGCAAAAUGCAAUAAGAAUAUACGAGAUAAGAAAGAUAAAAAAUGUAAGGCUCAACCCGAUCUUAACAAUGAAGGGGUUAACGAUAAUUACAGCUUCAUUUCAUACCAAGUUGAAAACGUUCAUAAACAGUUUGACAUGAAAUUGUUAUGGAAGAAACCCUCCCUUGAUGAAAGAGCGGCUGUGAUGACGAUUCAAGAGAUUACUCAAGGAGUGAAAGCUGAUUAUAAGUGGCGUAUGAUGGUCAUGAAUAUGUGUGUUUCUAUUGCAAAAAAAGUCGUGGCAAUAACCAUUAUUCUUGUAUUAAAAGCUGCUGCUGGAUACAAUACUAAUUAUCUUACUGACUACAACUUCGACAACUUUUAUAUAUCUUCCUAUUUCGCAUAUAAAGACAAAAAACGAAAAAAAGCGAGAAAACGUCAUCUUUUGCCGUUAACAAAAAUAGAAAGCAAAUAUGUUUUGAGACCGACAGAUUUCAAAUUCACUGCGGCAGAAAAGAAAUCUAUACUAUUCAAGAUCAUCACUCUCAUUAUACAAGGAUUAUUUACUACUAUUCUAUUUGUUUUCGACGAAAUUGUAUUUUUCAUCAUGGACCUUAUUGCAAGACACGGUAAAUCUGAUUACCAUGUAACUGGACGACACAGACUAGAGGCGAAUAUUGACGGAAACGGAACUGUGUCUGAUUUGUUACGAGUUGUGUUUUCUGGAUUCUUGGAUAAUGAUCAUAGCAUGGAAUUAACUGGUUCUAAUGAAGAAUGUAUGCCUCAUCCACAUAAAUUAGAACGGGAAAUCGUGACUUGGUCCAUCACCGGCUACAGUUUUUUAAUCUGUCUUAUACUAGUAGAAGGAUAUUUGCUUCGUAUUCGACGCGUUAUUUGUGGAAUAUUUUACCCAAGACGAGAAAAACGUAGAAUAAUUCAUUUAUAUAACAACCUAUUACGACAAAGAAAGCAACAUAUAUUCUCAGUAAGGAAGGCUGUCCUCAAGCUCGCCUUAACCAAAAGACUGAAUCAAAAAUACAGUUUUCUGGAGGCAAUUCGGAUUCGAUACCCGAAAAUUGGCAAAAUAUUAUUCAUGUUGGGAUAUGGAAAACUUCGUUGUUUGAUAUGUGAGACACCUGAAACGUCCAAACAUACUUUAUGGAGAUGCAGUAACGUCAAGUGCAGGAUGCUGUAUUGUAAUAUUUGUUGGAUAGAAGUCGAUGAAAUGUGUUGGGCAUGUAACAGUUACAGAGGAGUAGAGAAGGCGUUGCCAAACACAAUUGAAGAUAAUCAAGCCACAGAGGAAAUAGAGAAAGACCAGCAGGAAAUAGUGACAGAAAAUCAAAAUUUGCUUCUUAGUGAUGAAGAAGACAGUGAAACUUCGCUCUAAUAAAACGACGAAAGUAAACUGUUACGUUGAAGGAUCUAUUUUUUAAAGCAUUGGUAUGGUUAUCAAAAGUCGACCCAAAUCGACUAUAGAUCCAUGUUUAUAUCCCAUACAAAGUAUAAUAAAUAUGAUGAACAUUUAGUGGCGUUAUGCCAGUCAAUUGUCAGAAUAAGUGGAAAAUCUUGUCCCAUUCCACAUUCCAGCCAUGCCCGAAAUGACGAUUUAUAUAUAAAAAAAAAAGUUAAUUCUAUGUCUGCUCUUAUUUUGUUGGUUUCAUUUUUUCUGUUUUAGGACUACAUUCAGCAAGAUGUUCACUUGUGACUAAUUCGAUUCACGAAAAAUUAAAAUAUGUUAUACAGUUAGCUCAAUACUCUAAUAUGGUCAUUAUUAUUAAAAUACACUGGCCUCGCGUUUUUAAUAGUAACUAACUGUAUUAUUCGGGAAUAAAGCAAAAAUAUGGAUGUUUAACACAAGUGAGGGUAUAUGCCGCCUGAAUCAGUGAUGACCGAUUAUUGUGUCUGCUGUAGAUGAAUACUUUAAUAGUCACUAGUUUCAGCACAUUCAAAACUUUAUUUAAUAAAUAACAUGAAAGAGA